GCUCCGAACCAGCAACAAUUUGCCGAGCGUGACGACGGUGUACAGAAGUGGACGCAACUGGACGUUGGAAAUGCCUUAGCGAAGCCAAUGUCCACAUCAACACAACGGCAGAGUGCGGGGAUCUCAUGUCCACUUCAGGUCGUACUAGUACCACACUCUCACACUUCCUGACUUGCGCGCUGCGAUAAAAUAUCAUUGCAAGUGGACAUGAAUUGAUUGCAUCUCUCAACUUUCCACUGAAAACGAAUUUUAAACCUCAAUCCCCACCCUGACAGUCAGGUGAAUCUGGGGCGUGGAGAUACCCCGCAAAUUCCCCAGAAUACAUGUCCCGACGCACGUUCAGAUAUCUCAUGACGAAGAUGCCACCAAAUCUGGAGUAGUUACUCGAAGUGGACUUCCAUGUUGUACAUAUAUCUUCGUUGGAGGCUCCAGUGGAACAGAUCAAGUAGCUCACCAUCUUCUGCCUCAACUGGAACGAAUUUCUUGAGUUAACACAAUGAUCCACGACACCAAAGCACUGUCUCCAGAGGUCGAGCAGAUGGAUCGAGCUUCGUCUUACACUGAGGGUACUUCCCGAUUCGAUGACCAUGUCCUGGCGCACCGCGGAACUAUGUUGAUGGAAGAGGAAAGGAAUUUGGGUGUUUGGGAAACUGCCAAGUUACAUUGGAGGGCCCUUCUGAUUUGUACGGUAUGUUUUACAGCCGGUAUGCUCUUCGGUUACGAUACUGUCGUUAAUGGCGCAAGUAUCUCCAUGCCGGCAUUCUUCAUAUAUUUUGGAGAUAUUGGACCUACCGGGCCAUACCUACCUUCCAAAUGGACAUCGCUCUGGACUGCAAUGUCCGCGCUUGCACAAGCCUUUGGAGCAUUCUUUGUCGGCUUCAUCCUUGAUCGAUUUGGGCGAAAGUGGCCCGCCGUCGGUGCAGGUGCAUUGACUAUGGUGGGAACGGCUGUUCAGUAUACAAGUACAAGCAGAGGGGCUCUGCUCGCAGGAAAGAUGGUUGUUGGGUUUGGCAUAGGAUCUGCUCUGGCGACGGCUACCAGUUAUGCAUCUGAGGUUGCUCCCAUCAAGCUUCGUGCACCAAUACAGUCUGGAUUGGUUCUAUUCACAGUGUUCAUGCAAGGGGUCGCCCUCGGAAUUAUCCGCACGUUCGUUCCUAAUACCCACCCCAUAGCCUUCCGCCAUGUUUUCGCCAUACAAUGGGCAUUCGGAGGGCUUUUGAUGAUAGCAUUCGCAUUGACACCAGAAUCUCCCAUAUUUCUGAUCAACAAUGGCCGCUUGGAAAAAGCAUAUUCUGUGAUGACCCGCAUCUACGGUAAAAUAGAUGAUGUUGAUGCCAGACUUGCAUACCUCAUCAAGACCAUUCGCGAGGAAAAAUCCAACCAUUCUCCCGAGAGCGGAACCUACUUCGAAUGCUUCAAGAGCAAAGAUCUGAAACGAACUCUCACAGUCAUCUUCCUCUACACAGCGGCCAACGUUGGGGGAACAGCAUUCCUCGCACAGUCUAUUUACUUCCUCAUCAUCGCUGGUCUUCCUGCGAUUCAUGCCUUUGAUGUAUCGAUUGGAGGAUUUGGUCUGGCUUGUAUCAUUAUCGUGUCGAGCUGGUUCAUCAUGAACAAAAUCUCCAGAAGAAUUGGCUUCCUGGCGGGAUGCAUCAUCAACUUCGUCAUCAUGCUCAUAGUCGGUGCGCUGUAUUACUCUCCUGGGAAUGCCUCAUUGUGGGCCAUCGCCGUCUUGAUGAACGUUUUGAUUUCUCUCCAAACCUCCCUCCUGCAAGGUCUCGGCUGGCCCAUCGCAGCCGAACUCUCCAGCUAUAGACUUCGUGGCAAGACAAUGUCCAUUGCGGUCGUCAUGCAGACCUUCUCUACUUGGCUUACCAAUUUCAUCGUCCCAUACAUCUACAACGUCGAUUCUGGCAAUCUCGGUGCCAGAACGGGAUUCAUCUUUGCAGGCACGAGUUUGUUGCUUAUUGUUGGUGCUUAUUUCCUUGUGCCUGAGACCAUGAGCAUGACGAUCGAAGAGAUUGAUAUUGCUUAUGAGAAGAAGAUCCCUGCGAGGCAUAUCAAGAAGGGCGUGGUAACUGUUGAUGCGGACUUGGAUAUGAGCGGUGCAGGGAAAGUGUAACCAUAGAACAUAGACAAUCUUGGGAGAUCAAUGGAGUAUGCAAGUGAUGAAAUUGGCCUGCAUUCGUGACUUCACCUCGAUUAGCUUGCUGGCAUUGUCAAUGUUCAAUAAAG